UAAAAAACCAAACUCGACGAGUCGACUCGCCAACUGAAAUCAAUUCUGCCGAAGCUUAAUUUGGCGCUAAUAAACCCUAAUAUUUGGGGGAAAACAGAAGGAAGAAGAGAUGGAUGCAAAAGAUAUACUGGGAAUCCCCAAAACGACACCGUCUUUGCCUCACGAAAAGAAAUCCAGGCCCCCUAAAGACUCUCAACGAAAGCCCGAUGGCAUUUCACGCGAGGUAUAUGCACUUACUGGAGGCUUGGCACCGCUUAUGCCGUCGAUCGAUGUUAAUCAGUUGAAGAAAAAGACUCAAGCUGAGAAUGAGAAGAUCACAUGGCAGUGGCUUCCUUUUACUAGUUCUGCCCGCAAAGAUAAUUUGCAACUUUACCACUGGGUCAGAGUUGUAAAUGGUGUGCCUCCUACAGGUGAUUAUUCCUUUGCCAAGUAUAACAAGUCAAUUGAUGUCAUCAAAUACACUGAUGAGGAAUACGAAAAGUUCUUGGAGGAUCCUGCAUGGACCAGGGAAGAAACUGAUCAGUUAUUCGAUUUGUCUGCCCGCUUUGAUCUUCGUUUUGUUGUGAUAGCUGAUAAGCUACCAUAUUCUCGAACCGUGGAAGAACUUAAAAAUCGUUAUUAUAGUGUUUCACGAGCUAUAUUGAUUGCCAGAGCUGCUUCUCCUGCUGAUGUUUCUGGGCAUCCUCUUGUUAAGGAACCAUACAACCUAGCUCAAGAGACAGAGCGCAAGCGUGCAUUGUCCAUGAUUCUUUCACAGUCGAAACACCAAGAGCGCAGAGAUGCUGAGGUUUAUGCUGAAGCAAAGAAGAUUAUGGAGGCACGAAUGGCUGCAAAGGCUGCCCAAGAUUCUGAAUUGAUCCCUAUAUCGACUGGUGGUGCUGGAGAUGCUGAGAGGGACAAUGUUAAUGUGGAUGAUGAAUCGCCUUCUAACCCUCAGUUUUUAUCUGCCCCUCCAAUCUCUAUUGCUGAGACUGCCUCAGCUUCAGCUUCGUUGCGCAAGCUUCGGGUCUAUUUGAGGACCUAUGGAUUUGAGCAAAUGGUUCAAGCUGCAAGCUCAUCAGCCGGACUUCGAACUAUCAAACGAGUUGAGCAAAUAUUACAAGAUCUUGGGGUUAAUAUGAAACCGAAGGUUCCGACCAAAACUGUUUGUGAAGAGCAUCUGGAAUUAAGAAAAGAGAUACUUACUCUUUUGAAUCUUCAGAAACAGUUUCAGUACAAGGAGGCUGAAGGUUCAUCUUACCGUGAGGGUUCAUAUCCCGAGACACCAGGAACUCCAAAAAGUUUCCAGCGUAUUUUAGAUCAGGAUCGGACAUUCAUUCCAGACUCCACAUGUUUUGGAGCUGAAUUUUCAGGGGAACACAUUGUAAAAAGGGAUCAGAAACGCAAGGCACCGGGAAGGCCAACUGAUGCCUCAUCUUCGCCAGCAAACAAAAGGCCGAGAAAGCUAAAAAACACAGAUGAAUAACUUUUAGGCAUUACCUGAGAUCGCCUGUGGCAAGAAAGGUUUCUAUACCUGCAAAAGAUACCGAACAUCACAACAGCAAGCUCAAUCAGAUGGCACAAAGGGCUAUCUAACUUUGUAUAUUAUCAUGCAGAUCUGAUCAUUAUCUGAACUUGCAUGGGCCUUGGUGCAAAAUAUCAACAAUGUGCUUGCAUUUUGCACUGUUGUAUUUAUUUGGAGGUCGAUUGCUAAUUUGUAUGGUCUGAUAUAGAUGCUCUGGUUUUGCGCUUGUGUAGGUCUAUUGCUAAUCCAGUUGUAAUUUGUACGAAUUGUCUUAAUAGAUGCUUCAGAUGUUCUUUAAUUAUUUUGUGCGUCUUGUAAGGGUUAUGUGCAGAACUAGUAUUCUCCACAACCAAGCAAGAGAGCCUAAGUACUUGAUUCAAUCACUUGAAGGAAUUCAGUGCUUUAUUUAACACAAAAGAAAUCAGAUUAAUAGAAAUGUAUCUGAUUUUGAUUUUGUGUGAAUUCUUCAUAAAAUGUUGUAAAGUUGAUAUA